GUAUUCUCUUUUGUCACGUUGAAUCAAAAUCAUUGCAUUUAAAUGCAAAAAGUUAAAGCUAUAAUUUCCUUAAGCCUGACUUUGAAAAAAGAUAAAGUGAAAGACACAAAAGAUUGCUAGAAAUGAAACAAGAACAACUGUACAUUGCUACACCUGAGCUCCCCUGCCAAUUAAAAUGCCGAAAAUUCGAGCUUCUUGCAGUUCUAGAACAAGAAGCAGCAGCAAUUUUUGCAAAUUUCUUUCUUUCAUUCACAACAAUCCUCCUCGUCAAGUAAGUUUAUUAAAGCGCGUAUCAUACAAGGAGCUAGAUCGUGCAACAGAUGGGUUCCGAAGAAUUAUUACAUGUGACUCUCAAAGCAUAACAUACGAAGCUAAAUUUCGAGAUGGCUCAGUUUCUGUUGUGAAAGAAGUAAGAAGUGUUGAUCAAAGAAAUGAGGUUUUCGACAAGGAAUUGCAUCUUCUAGGCCGGUUACAUCAUCGACAUGUUGUAGCACUUAGAGCAUAUUCUGUUGGUCGUAAAAGUUUUCUAGUUUUCGAGUGCACUGCAAAGGGAAGUUUGAAGGAUCACCUGAAUGAUCCCCUGAAGACUCCUCUGAGCUGGAAGACUAGAGUACAGAUAGCCAUCGGUGUUGCUGCUGCGCUGGAGUAUCUGCAAUUCUUCUGCGAGCCACCAGUAAAACACAUCUCUAUCAGUUCAAGCAAUAUUAUCUUGGAUGAGAAGUUGGUUCCGAAGCUCUCGAAUAUUGGUUGUCUUUGCUCAGAAGAAAGGGCAGAUGUAAUUCCUCAAUAUGGUGCAUUACUACUUGAGCUAAUUACUGGUGAAUCUUCACCUAAGGAGAGUGCUGAUGUGAUACAGUGGAUUCGUGAAUUGCGCUCAAACUUAUCCAUGCAUAACAUAAUUGAUCCAGACCUUGGAAACAGUUAUAAUUACAAAGAUCUAAGGGACCUUUUAAGCGUUGCAAGAUUGUGUAUAAAAGUUGAGAAUACACAAGCCUUCACUAUUUCACAUAUAUUUUGGUACCUUCAAAAGAGGUUUGGUAAUGCUAGUAACUAGAGUACUGUAAGUCUGAAACUUUUGUAGUUGUGUUAAUAUAUGUAUAUGCUGAAAAUGCUGUUUCCGAUUCUGCAAGUGUUGAGGUAGUGAUUGUUGUUGACGGAUGUGUUUGUGUAACAAGAUACUCCGUAUAAGGUAUGGUCGAAUGGAUGUAUGAUAGAUAUCACAUUGUUUGUAGCUCAUUGAUUGUAUUGUUUGUAGCUCAUUGAUUGUGAAUUUAAGUGACAGGUUAGUGCCUCAUGUACUGUUAGAUAUGUUACAUAUUUAUGUUGCUUAUGUUUAAGUGAAGAGUUUUUUUAACU